AUGUCUGCCCCCUUCACCUCCGCCGCCGUCAUCGGCAGCACCGGCCUCGUCGGCUCCCAGAUCCUCGCCACGCUCCUCACGACCACGAGCAUCAAGACGACGACCAUCUCCCGCCGCGCGCCCCCCAAUCCCACCGGCACGCCCAACCUCAACGCCAUCGUCGAGCCCGACACGACCGCCUGGGCCGCCAAGCUCACCGCCGUCACGCCGACGCCGCACACCGUCCUCUCCGGCCUCGGCACCACGCGCGCCGCCGCCGGCGGCUGGGCCAACCAGUGGAAGAUCGACCACGACCUCAACGUCGAGCUCCUCCGCGCCGCCAAGGCCGCCGGCGUCAAGACCUUCGUCUUCAUCAGCAGCGCCGGCACCCGCGGCCUCGUCGGCUCCCGCGCCCCCUACAGCAAGAUGAAGAUUGGCGUCGAGGACGCCCUGCGCGACGCCGGCUUCGACCACGCCGUCGUCGUGCGGCCCGGCGCCAUCCUCGGCACCCGCGAGACGCCCCAGACCGGCGGCCGCCUCCUCAACGCCGCCGUGCGGUCGCUGAGCUUCUUCGGCCAGGGCGUGCAGGAUGCCGUUGGCCAGGAGCACGACGUCAUCGCCCGCGCUGCUGUCCGCGCCGCCCAGAUCGCCGCCGAGGGCGGCGCGCCCGACAAGUACUGGGUCCUCGAGUCGGCGGAUAUCGUGCGGCUCGGCCGCACCGAGUGGAAGGACCCGGCCGAGAAGCCUGCUGCCACUGCUUAA